AUGUACGCUGUCUGGUUCUGUAAAGGGCUCAUCAGAGGAGACAUUAUUGCUCAGUUUGCGCAUGAGUUGCUCUCUGUGCUACAUGGGCCCGGGUCCCGGUCGGUGCGGGGAUCAUUCCGGCAGGUCGCUUGGGUUCUUGCGGCUGAUCCCUCUCAGCUGACGUCAGGAGAAAUGGCGGACCUGGAUGGCAGCGACACAUCUCCUCCGGAGUCCCAAGGAGGAGAGAGCUUUUUUCAGGGGGUGACCUCCUCCAUCUACCUGACCUCCAUCAUCCUCUAUCUCCCAAGACUGACCGGCACCAUCCCUUACUGCUACGUCAGGGUGGGAUGGACAGGGGUUGGGAAGGGAGGCAGUAGUUCGACAAUCCCAGCUCUUUUCACCAUCACUGAGGAAGAGGAGGGGCAGAGACGGAAAAAUGCUCUCAAGAGGAAGAAAAGAGCAUCCUACUCCCAGUAUAGAUCAGAGGAUGGCAGACUGUCUUUGGCGACUCAGGCCAGCUCUUCAGGCUCCGGGCUAACUUACACUCCCAACCUGACUCCUAUUCCCACUCCCACCACAAAUCGCACCAGCAUCAGCCCUAAUAAUUAUGCUGCCAGCAAAGCGGACUCGCUGCUUUUCAACAAGAUCGAUGAGCGCCAGAGGUUGGCCCGUGAGCGCAGAGAGGAGCGGGACAAACACAAUGCUGCUAAAGAGGCUCAAUGGCAGGCACGUGAGGAGCGCGCCAGGCAGCACUAUGAGAAACACUUGGAGGAGAGGAGAAGAAGGCUGGAAGAGCAGAGGAUAAAGGAGGAGAAGAGGAGGGCCGCCGUGGAGGAGAAACGACGGCAGAAACUAGAAGAUGAUCGGGCGCGUCAUGAAGCGGUGAUACGUCGAACUCUGGAAAGGAGCCAGAAAACCUCACAGAAGCCCAACCGCUGGUCUUGGGGUGGAGUGCUGCAGACGAACACUCCGGCCACAUCAGCAGAUUCUGACAGAAGGUCAGUGUCCACUAUGAAUUUAUCCAAACAUGCAGACCCCAUCAUUACCAAGCGCCUCUCCUCCUCAUCUGCCACACUCCUGCACUCACCAGACAGAGGUUUACAAAUGCGAACAGCCUCCUCCCCUGUCAUAAGCAAAGCUCUGUCCAAACCCCGUCUACAUCUGGGGAAGACACCACAGAGCAAAAACACAGGCCUGCGCCGCCUUCCUUUGACACCUUGGGAGAGCAAUGUGGUGAACCGCCUGCAGCAGCCAACACACUCCUACCUGGCUCGCAGCCGGAGUGCUAUGAGUCUGUCAGGAGAGCAAACAGUGUCCUGCCACCCCAUGGGCUCCAUGUCCUUUAAGGCCCUGCAGGCCCAACCCCUCCCGCACUGUCGCAGCCAGGAGAGGAGCCUCAGCAGGGGCACGGCUUCCUCGUCUUCCACCGCCCUGCGGAGGAGAACCACGGGAACAGCACAGCCAAAGGAACGAGACAACGUCAGGAAAUCAUGGAGCAACCUGUCACUUCCUCUGGCUCCCAUUCUAACGCUACCCCCCAGCAAACACACCUCUUCUUCAGGAAAGAAGAAAAGCAAAGUGACAGCUCCCCCUCCUGGCAGACCUCCUCAGAAGGCAGCAGGGCGCCCUCCAACCCCCAAAAUGCUGAAGUCUCCAGGAUCAGAAGACCCCGGAAACCUUAGACCUGUCAGGAUUACACCUGAGAGCUCGCAACCCUCAACGCCUACCAAAGUGCAAGAGGAGGAGGAAGAGCAGGUUCUCAGCCCCCCUCAGCCUCGACCUCAGCCCCUGGGACAGAACAAGACAGUAACAGAUCCAGAGAGUGCAAGCAGCUCUCCAGCUCAAAAACCUUCAGCCGGUACCACAGAUCCAGAGGAGGCGAGCCGUAUCCUAUCUGAAAAACGGCGGCUUGCACGUGAGCAGAGGGAGAGAGAGGAGGAAGAAAGAAGGCAACAAGAGGAGCAGGCGAGACUGGCAAGAGAGGAGAUGGCUCGCCGGAAGGCAGAGGAGAGAGCGAGGAGAGAGGAGGAGGCUCAACGGCAAGCAGAGCUGAGCAGGAGCAGGAAGGAGGAGGAGGAGAGAAAGGCAGAGGAGCAAAGACUUCAGAAGGAGAAAGAGGAGACAGACAGGCUCCAAAAACAGAAAGAGGAGGAGGAGGUUCGACAGAAAGAGGAGACAGAGCGUCUCAGGCAGGAGAGAGAAAAGCACUUCCAGAAAGAGGAGGCUGAACGCCAGGAGAGAAAGAAGCGCCUUGAAGAGAUCAUGAAGAGAACAAGACGCUCAGACACGGCAGAAAAGAAAGUCAGGAAUGGAGACAAUGCUGCGCCCCCCGCCCCCCCUGCUGCGUCUGUAGUGGCGGUGCCCCUCACACACAAUAGCAACGGCAACGUUCAGCAGCCUGGGCCCGACCCGAACCCCAGCAGCACAGAUCUGAGCCAGAGGGAGAACGGGGAGUUUGAAGAGGUGAUCGUACUGCCUUCACAUUCCAGGUUGUCACCUCCUGAGGGAGAGGAGCAGCAGCAGGAGAACGAAGAGGGGGGGAGAGUUCCUGUGGUAGCCUUCACAGAGAAUGGUCUCCUAAAGCCUCUGAGUGGAGUAGAGGACAUAUCAGCCCAGCAGGGACCAGAUGUUGCCUGA